AUGGACACCCCCAUCGCCGCCCCCACGGAUACCCUUAAGGAUACCCCUAAGGAUACCGCUAAGGACAACUUGAAUCCAAUGACCCCUAUCGACGCCUCUACAGGCCCUACCACCCCCGAGGACCCAUUCACCUUUCCUAUCCUCCCCGAAGGCCAAAUUUUCACGUGUCCAAAUAUAGGGAUUGAACAAAUCAACGAAUUUGCACGUGAACACGGUUAUGCAGUGAUCAAAGCGCGGUCAACUACAGCCAAAACGGGCAUAGUUAAGACCAUAUAUCUCCGGUGCAACCGUGGAGGUCAACUUAAGACCACUGCAUCGAUAUAUCGGACAACAACACGUGUCACAGGGUGCAAGAUGGCGAUAGUCCUACGUCGAAAGUAUCCUAGCUCCAAUUGGGUGCUCACAUACAGCCAUACAUCUCAUAAUCACCCACCUCACCGCCGCAUACACAUCCUACCCAUCGUCGGGUUGACCGCCGGGCCCUGCAAGCCCUAA